AUGGCAAACUCAACACAUGGCAACAGGGUCCUCCCCAGCGCAGAGGUCUGGGCCUCCCAUAACAAGAUGGUAAUGGAGCCACUGGAAACCAAUGACCCAGAGGUGCACAGCAUCAUCAAGAAGGAGAAGCAGCGGCAGAAGCUGGGGCUGGAGUUAAUCGCAUCGGAGAACUUUGCCAGCAGAGCAGUCCUGGAGGCUCUAGGAUCCUGCAUGAACAACAAAUACUCUGAGGGCUACCCAGGACAGAGGUACUAUGGUGGGACGGAGUUUGUGGAUGAGCUGGAGAGGCUGUGCCAGAAGCGAGCGCUGCAGGUGUACCAGCUUGACCCCCAGGAGUGGGGAGUCAACGUCCAGCCCUACUCAGGGUCACCUGCGAACUUCGCGGUGUACACAGCCCUGGUGGAGCCCCAUGGCAGGAUCAUGGGGCUGGACCUGCCCGAUGGGGGCCACCUCACCCAUGGCUUCAUGACUGACAAGAAGAAGAUCUCUGCCACCUCUGUCUUCUUCGAGUCCAUGCCCUACAAGGUCAACCCCAAGACUGGGUACAUUGACUACGACCGGCUGGAGGAAAACGCCCGCCUCUUCCACCCCAAGCUCAUCAUAGCAGGUGUCAGCUGCUACUCACGCAACCUGGACUAUGCCCGCAUGCGGAGGAUCGCUGAUGCCAACGGUGCCUACCUCAUGGCUGACAUGGCUCACAUCAGCGGGCUGGUGGCUGCCGGCGUGGUGCCCUCGCCCUUUGACCACUGUGAUGUCGUAUCCACCACCACUCACAAGACCCUGCGGGGCUGCAGGGCUGGCAUGAUCUUCUACCGUAAAGGUACCCGCAGCGUGGACCCCAAGACAGGCAAGGAAACCCUGUACAACCUGGAGAGCCUCAUCAACCAGGCGGUCUUUCCAGGGCUGCAGGGAGGCCCACACAACCAUGCCAUUGCAGGCAUUGCUGUGGCCCUGCAGCAGGCCAUGACACCUGAGUUCAAGGCUUACCAGCAGCAGGUGGUGGCAAACUGCCAGGCACUCUCAGCUGCCCUGAUGGAGCUGGGCUAUGACAUUGUCACAGGGGGCUCUGACAACCACCUGAUUCUUCUGGACCUGCGCAACAGAGGCACAGAUGGCGGCCGGGCCGAGCGGGUGCUGGAGAUCUGCUCCAUUGCCUGCAACAAGAACACUUGCCCUGGUGACAUCAGCGCCCUGCGCCCCAGCGGGCUGCGCUUCGGGACACCAGCGCUCACCUCCAGAGGCUUCCAGCAGGACGACUUCUGCAGGGUGGCUCAGUACAUCCACAGAGGGAUUGAGCUGACGCUGCGUGUGCAGAAGGACAUGAGCCCCAAGGCCACACUGAAGGAAUUCAAGGACAAACUGGAGGAGGACAGAUACCAAGCAGAGCUGAAGGCACUAAAGAAAGAGGUUGAAGCCUUCGCUGCGACCUUCCCACUCCCAGGGCUGCCUGUCCUGUAA